CUAACAAAUUUGCGAGCCAAAGAGAGAUUAAGCGCACAGCAACCGAAUUGAUGCAGGUUCAUCAGAAAAAAGGGGAAUCUCUGAGGGACUACAUGCAACAAUUUAAGAAGGCCACUUUAGACAUUGAUAAUGUCCCCGAUACUAUCUGCUUAUCUGUCUUGCUGCAUGGUUUGAAGCGUGGUCGAUUCCUGGACUACCUACUAGAAAUCCCAUCGAAGACGUGGAACGAAGUAAAUGACAGGUCUCCAAUCUUGGCACAAAUCCGGCACUUGAUCAAGAAACCACCUCCCCCACUGCAUGAUCCCUCAAGAGCAGACAAGAGCAAACAUUGUGACUACCAUCAUGCAUACGGCCACAAUACAGAAGGCUGUCAACACUUGAAGGACAAGCGGGAAUUCUUAGCUCGCAAUGGAAAAUUAGAAGGAUAUGUCCAAAAACCUUAUGCCCAGCAGCCAACUCAAACUCACUUUGUGCAGAGGGCAGAGCAUACAGGAGACGUCAGUUCAAUAGGUGAGGCCAAAGACAGAGAACUGCCACCCAAAACCAAAAAGAUAGGAAAGGGGGGCCAAAGCGCUCGGGGCCGAAAGGCGUAUGCCCGUCAGGUGAUGACCGUUAACAAGAACAAGCCCUUGAAGCAGCCAUUUGAGGAGGCAGAAUGGGAGAAUGCACCCAUUACAUUUAGCUUGGCAGAUUAUAAGCGAGCGGAAGGAGAGCUUGACGUUAUGAUGCCUUAUGCAGAUCUUUUUUUGGCAACGAUCCAUAUAGGCAUUCAUAACGUCAACAAGGUUGACAUCUCGCAACCUCAUCUCUGCAUGAAGUUCCCAACUCCUCAGGGGAUAGGAGUGCUUAAGGGGAACCAAAAGAUGGCCAGAGCUUGCUAUCAAGAUACAUUCAAUAAGGUUGAGCUCGCUGCAGCCUGGAAGGCUGAGCCAACAGAACCAGUGGAAACAGUCCCUUUGAACCCUGACAUGCCAGAAAGAAUAGUUAAGGUUGGCACAAAGCUCACAGCGGAAGAACGAGCAGAGCCUCUGGAGUUGUUAAAGGUUAAUCAAGAUGUGUUUACGUGGACAACGAAUGAAAUGCCUAGCAUUCCAACAGAGUUGGCAGUCCAUAGGCGCAGCACGAUCCCCAUCAGAAGGCUGGUGAAACCAAAUGGCAAGUGGAGAAUAUGUAUUGAUUUUACCAACUUAAAUGAGGCGUGUCCAAAAGACCCUCACCCCUUGCUAAAUGUGGAGAAAUUGGUAGAACGAGCAGUCGGACACGAACGCAUGAGUUUCCUUGAUGCCAGCUCGGGUUAUUACCAGGUUCAGUUGCUGUUGGAUGAUCAGGAGAAAACGGCUUUCUAUGUUGGUGAUGCAAUCUACUGCUAUGUCAUGAUGACAUUUGGCUUGAAAAAUGCUGGAAAAUUCCUAGGGUACGUGGUAUCCAAGAAGGGAAUUGAGGUAAAUCCAAAGAAGGUUCAAGCCGUUCAGCAGAUGGAGCCUCCUAAGACCAUAAAUGAUGUGCAGCGUUUGACAGGUCGUGUUGUCGCGUUGCACAGGUUCAUAGCCAGGUCGGCAGAAAGAUGCCUCCCAUUCUUUAAAGCCUUGAGAGAGCCCAAGAAUUUUCAGUGGACCGACGAAUGUCAGCAGUCGUUCGACGAGCUCAAACAAUAUCUGGCAUCAGCACCCCUGCUUUCCAAGCUUGUGGAGGGGGAAUGUUUAUACUUGUAUUUGGGGGAAAGUUUAUACCUAUAUUUGGGGGUUACAAAGGAGGUCGUGAGGUCGGUUUUGCUAAGAGAACAGAAUAAACAUCAAAAGCCCAUCUGCUACAUGAGCAAGGUUUUACAGGGCGCAGAGCACAACUACCCAUUAGCAGAAAAAGCUGUUUUUGCCCUUGUUUACACGGCUCGCAAGUUAAGAGCUUACUUUCAGUCACACAAAAUUGUUAUGUAUACAGAUCUACCGUUAAGGAAGAUACUGCAGAGGCUCGAACUCUCGGCAAGAGAAAUACUAUCAUCACUCUCAUCACCUUGGCCUUUCGCUCAGUGGGGAGCCGAUCUACUCAAGCCUUUUGUCAAAGGCAAAGGAGGUUGCACAUACCUAGUUGUCGCAGUGGAUUACUUCACCAAAUGGAUAGAAUCCAAACCAUUAUCCACGACAACAGAUAAGAAAAUAAAGGAAUUCCUGUUUAACUCAAUAUUAUGUAGGUUUGGCAUACUUAAACGGAUCAUUGUUGACAAUGGUCCACAAUUCCGAAUCGCAGCACUCAGGUCGUUCUGCAAUGACUAUGGCAUUGAGCUCGCAUUGGCGUCUGUAUAUACUCCACAGUCUAAUGGGCAAGCCGAGUCUGCCAAUAAAAUCAUCCUGCGAUGCCUCAAGGCUUGUGUUUUAGUCGCACACUCUAAUUGGGUUCACGAGCUCAAUAAAGUGCUUUGGUCAUGUUGCACUACACCCAGCUUGGCUACAGGCGAAACCCCAUUCAACCUCGCCUAUGGAGCUGAGGUUGUUAUCCCUGUAGAGGUCGAAUUGCCAUCCUAUAGAUCAAAUCGGCACAAUGAUCCUAAUAAUGAGCAACUUUUAAGAGAGAACCUAGACCUUGUAAAAGAGUCCGAGAUCGAAAAACUUCAAGUUGGCGAUUUGGUUUUACGCAAAGCUAGAUUAACCAAUGCUUAUUCGCACAUGGGCAAGCUCGCUCCUAAUUGGGAAAGUCCGUAUAUGGUUGUUCAAGUUAAGCGACCUGGAUCUUAUGUGUUAGCAAACAUGCAAGGAUGCCAGUUACCAUUCACUUGGAAUGUACACAAUCUCAGAAGAUAUUACAGUUAAUGUACAUGUUAGUGACAAAUAUGCUCGAGAAAAUGUAAAGUACACACACAAUGCAAUAAAAAGGAACAAGUUCAAUAAAAUCUCCAACUUUCU